UUCUGCUCUGUUUGUCUCCUCAGCCGUGAGCAGUGUUUGGCUGCACCCCUCCUGAGUGCUCCCUGGGAAAGCAACAAUGAUCACAUUCAUGAACAACUCGGACAGUGAGGAGGAGCCCUGCAAUGAGAGAACAUCCCUGAUGUCUGCAGAGAGCCCUCCGGUGCCCUCCUACCAGGAUGGCCUGCAAGCCUCAGGAGCCGGGGAGGCACAGGCACAUAGGAAGAGGCGAACAGGUAGCAGCCGUAGCCCUAACAAUAUUGCUGAUGGGGAAAUGUCUGACGCGGGUGUUCCAGUGAGAGGAAGUGCCUUGGAAAAUGAAGAGGAGGAACUGACUCUGAAAUAUGGAGCAAAGCAUGUAAUCAUGCUCUUUGUGCCUGUCACCCUUUGUAUGAUUGUUGUCGUCGCCACCAUAAAGUCAGUGCGCUUCUAUACGGAGAAAAACGGGCAGCUGAUCUACACCCCUUUCAGUGAGGAUACCCCAUCUGUGGGCCAGCGUCUCUUGAACUCGGUGUUGAACACCAUCAUCAUGAUCAGCGUCAUCGUCGUAAUGACUGUUUUUCUAGUUGUGCUCUAUAAAUAUCGCUGCUACAAGUUCAUCCAUGGCUGGCUGAUCUUGUCCUCUUUGAUGCUGCUCUUCCUCUUUACCUACAUAUAUCUCGGUGAAGUACUGAAGACGUACAAUGUGGCCAUGGAUUACCCCACUCUGUUCUUAGUCAUCUGGAAUUUUGGAGCUGUUGGGAUGAUUUGCAUACACUGGAAAGGUCCCUUACAGCUUCAGCAAGCAUAUCUUAUUAUGAUCAGUGCUCUAAUGGCACUGGUUUUCAUUAAGUAUCUACCAGAGUGGUCAGCAUGGGUGAUUCUAGGCGCAAUCUCCAUCUAUGAUCUGAUGGCUGUUCUCUGUCCCAAGGGGCCACUGCGAAUGCUGGUAGAAACUGCACAGGAGAGAAAUGAGCCCAUUUUUCCUGCACUAAUAUAUUCCUCUGCUAUGAUGUGGACAGUUGGAAUGGCAAAGCCAGACACGGCAGCAAGAGGACCAAGUCAGCAGAUGUGGGAUGCAGCUGAGGAUGGGAGAGACAACCACGGGAGCUCUUCACAUGCAGACUCUCACAUGUCGGAGACAAGGAGUCCUGUUCCAACCCGCCCCAUCACUUCUCUAGAGGAGCUCGAGGAGGAGGAAAGGGGUGUGAAGCUGGGCCUUGGAGACUUCAUAUUUUACAGUGUGCUUGUUGGGAAAGCAGCGGCCACAUCGAGUGGAGACUGGAAUACCACGCUGGCCUGCUUUGUAGCCAUUCUCAUAGGUUUAUGCUUAACUCUUUUAUUGCUGGCUGUUUUUAAGAAAGCACUGCCUGCUCUUCCCAUCUCCAUCACCUUUGGCUUGGUCUUUUACUUCUCGACAGACAACCUUGUGCGACCAUUCAUGGACACCCUGGCCUCCCACCAGCUGUAUAUUUAGAAGAGCUGGGAGUUAGAGGAUUCUUUUGAAAGCUUUACUGUGAAGUAUGGUUACACUGUUUGGAGUAAGUGCUGAAGUUUUACACUUAGUGCCAUAUAUUUGUAAGGAAAACACUAACUCUGCGACACGAUGUGUACUAAAAAUCUAAUAUAUACAGGACUCUGGGACUCCAGGGAAAAUCCUGGCUCAUUGCUGAUGUCAGAGUGUUACUUUUAUGUGAUUUGAUGUGUACACUGGUUGUUGUGAGCACAGAAACCUGUACGUAGCGUGGGACAGUGAAGGAGGGUCUGAUUCGUGCUUCCAGAAGAUAAAGUGUUUUAUCCCUGGAAUUUCAGUCAAGCUUAUCUGUACUCUAGGAUUUUUAACACUUUCAAAGUGUUGUGCAAAAAUGCUGUGCAAGUAUAUUGUAAUUAGAGAAACAUAGCAGCCAACACGCACAGAGCAGAGCAGUGCAUUACACCUGGUCAGUGAGGCUGAGCUGCAUAACCUGUCUUCUGUGCACCCAACUUCUGCAAUUGUCCCAAAUGCCUAUUUAUUCUGACCUUAGACAUAGUGAGCCAUCAUGGAUUUAGGCAGGAAUAUUGGUGAUUGGGAUGUUUAAACAUAAGGCUUCUGAUGUUCUGACACAUCCACCACCGCACCUAACAGCUGAUGAAGACAGGGCUGCCUGUUCCAGCACAUCAGAUCCUCAGUGUGGGAAUUCAGAUACUUUUUUCCUGUCUCCUCCCAGCAUUUCACCUUUUUGGAAAUCUUCUUCUGGCUCCAUACUACAGUCCUCAGAUUACCAUUAGGUGGAAAUUACUACACAACUCCAGUAAAAACAGACCUGUAACUUCU